GUUCGACUCUUUAAGCGAGGAGUGUCGAUGGGGUUUUUGACGUUGCCGCAGAAACUUUCCGAGCAACUUCCAAUCAACUUUGCAGUGUAUUUGGAUCACGUGUUGUCGUCUUUUUGUACAUCACAAGAAGUUACUACAAUAUGCAAAUUGAUAGGACUUCUGGACAACAAAGAUGUCAUGCUUUUACAUUACAGAAAGUGUUUGUCAAAGAGAGUAAUUUACGACGACCAAAUCUCAUUGGACACAAACAACUUCUUCUUGACUACACUCACUGGGUUGAUUGGUAAUACACUCACACACCCAAUACUCCAAGUCCUGAACGAGUUACAGACCUCGAGAGUGUUUACAGAGAAAAUAAAGAACUUAGUUCCUUUACAGACAAAAGUGAAUAUAUUUUCGCUGCAACAACUCUUUCAAAGACCACUGAGCUUGACUCUUCCGAGCGAAAUAGAGGAUAUUUGGAAAAUCAUCAUCACACAGUAUGCAAGAAUACACGAGAAGAGAAAAUUGGUGUUAUGCGAGACAUCAAGCACAGUGUUUCUUAAAAGCGGGAAGAUGACAAUUGAGAUGCCGUUACCACAUUAUAUGAUAUUCAAAGAGGGGGAAACGGUGAUGAACGACGUUGCUAAAAAGUAUAAUAUCGACUCGGAAAGUUUGGACAACUUCUGUGGUGACCUUGAGAGCGCUAAGUUAAUAACACGAAAAGAGAAUUCAAUAUAUCCCGUCAGCGAGUUCAAGGGUGAUGUCAUCAUCGUACAGAUGACGCAGAAAAAGAAGAACUUACCGUCCGACGUCAUUGAUGAAAAAGCGGAAGUCGAAGAAAAACGAUUUCAAACUAUUGUCGGAGUGCAAGUCAGGCUGAUGAAACGUCACAAAAAGAUCACACACCAGGACUUGAUCAGACUCACAAACGAUCAAGUCAAGAAGACGUUUGUGCCUGACUCAAGACUCCUUCGUAAGGCUCUUGAGUAUUUGAUCGACAACGAGUAUAUAGAGAGAGACAAAAGUGACAAAGACCUUUUAAUCUAUCUCUCUUAA